AUGGCAAUGGAUCGUGUUCUUCGUAUGAAGAGUGGUGAAGGAGAAGCAAGCUAUGUUAAAAAUUCCUUAAUUCCGAAAAAAGCAAUAAUGAAAGUGAAAGCCUUACUUGAUGAGAACAUAAAACUGAUGAUACCAAAAACAACUUUUAGUAGUUGUUGGAAAGUAGUCGAUUUGGGUUGUUCUUCCGGACCAAAUGCACUUAUGGUGGUCUCAAAUAUCAUUAAGGUGAUUGAUAAAAUUAGCUUAAGCUUAAACCAUGGGUCACCACCAACGUUCCAAAUUUACCUCAAUGAUUUAUAUGAAAAUGAUUUCAAUACUAUCUUGAGAUUACUACCUGAGUUCCAUCAAAGCAUACAAAAAGAAAGAGGACACAAUGCUGGAGGAUGUUUCAUACAUGCAACACCAGGGAGCUUCUAUGGAAGAUUGUUCCCCAAUAAUUACAUCAACAUUUUCCAUUCUUCUUAUUGUGUUCAUUGGCUAUCAUAAGUAAGUAGCAUCAACCAAUUAGUUUUAAAUCAAGGAUUAUAGAUAAAUUUGAGUGGAUGAUAUAGAAAAACAGUUAAAGCAAUGAAAAAAAACUUAUUAUUGCAAAAGAAAUUUUACUCUAAGAAAGGAAGACAUGGAUGAAAUUAAAAGAAAAAAAAAGUGAGAAAGUCGUGGUAGAUUUUGAUGAUAAAUUGAUUGUUUCUUGAAGAAAAUAAUACAACAAUUUUUGUGUUGGA